CAUCACAUUAAGGUUAUUCCCUACUCUGGUUAUUAAACGGCUCUGAACUUGUCAAUCAAGUCCAGCACAAGCAGUCAAAAAUGUAUGCUAAUUAUAGUCCAGGCGAAGAAGUUAAAUGUAGGAUGAUGGCCAGGAUGAUGAACUCGAAGGAUUCAGGAUUGGAACGAGGAUAUGGAAACGACUCCCAGAUCACAAAGCGUACAUACUUCCAUCAGCCAGAUUCCUAUACUGACUCAGUGAGCACAGAGAGAACCGCACAUGUGAGAAACAGGAAGUGGAAUGGGGGUUCCAAGACAUUCCAGAAAGGACCUUAUUCCCGGAGGAAUGGUUCCAGGAGUGCUUCAUUAGAAGACACCAUACAAAGAGGAAAAUAAAGGAAUACAUCUGCUCUGCAUGACACAAGUUGCAGAACUACACGAGGUGACACUUCAACAGCACACAAAAUCCCAAGCUGUUUGUUAAAGAUGAUUGUGAUUGACCUACAACCAUUGUCCAUUGUUGAAGACAAAGGUAUCUGCGCUGUUAUGAGGGCCAUUGAGCCCACACCGGAAAUUUCACGAGUGACAUCCAAAGACCUACGCUUACAACUUCUUCAAAUGUAUAAAGAGACUAAAGAGAUGGUGAAAAAAGAAUUGGCUUCAUCAGAUGACAUUUCGUUGACAUCAGAAUUGUGGGUUUCAAGAGCUGAAGUAUCUUUUGUGACGGUGACCUGUCACUAUCUAGGCAAAGACUGGCAUCUGAAGUCCCAUGUGUUGGAAACAGCCAAUUUACCUGAUGAACAUACUCCAAAAAACAUAGUAGACCAGUUGCUGAAGAUCGCAAAAGCAUGGGGCAUUAAAGACAAAAUCCAUACCGUUGUCAUGGAAGGAGGAACAACCAUGAAAGACGAAGUCUCAAAAGCUGGAUGGACACACAUCUCUUGUCUUGCUUAUACUUUGGACUUGGUGUUCAAGGACGUCCUAGAAAAAUAUCCUGGACUUAAAACUCUGCUGAAAAAGUCCCAGAAUGUUGUGAGGUUCUUCCACUGUGACAUCAAGGCAGAACAAAAACUCAAGGAGUACCAACUGAAGCUAAAGUUGCCUGAAGGUGUACUGAUCCAGUCUGUUGGUAACGGCUGGCUCUCUUCACUCAGCAUGCUGGAGCGAUUUGUAGAACAGCACCAGGCCAUUGCAGCUGUGCUCCUUCAGAGGCUUGAGUACAACCUAUGGCUUGCAGACGAAGAAAUAAAGACAAUCAUCGAUGUCAUAGACGCACUUCAGCCUUUCAAAAAGGCAACAAAAGAAAUGCCAAGAGCGAGAUAUGAAUCCAUAUCAUUUAUCAUUCCACUUAUGAACCGAUGUCAGAGAGAUAUUGAAAAGUUGGCACAAAACGGUAACGAGGUAGCAUUCGGUCUGGCCAAAAUGUGUGAAUGGCAUUUUUGCAAUGUCAAGCUCAACCGCUGGCUUACAGUUAGCACAGUCCUGGACCCAAGAUUCAAGAAGCUCCUACUCUCUGAUGAUAACAAAGUCCAGUUAUCCAGAAGACAAAUGCUCAAAGCAAUGGAUGACAUCAGCACAAGCGCAGUGUCUGCUCCAGUUGGUUCUGGCAAACAAUCACACUUUGAUUGUGACUUUAUGAGGUAUGUCAAAGAGAGACCCAUCACAAUGUUUCAGAGCCCCCUGAAAUGGUGGAGGGUCAACAAAGACUUAGUGGAUCUAAAAAGGAUUGCACAUAAAUACCUUGGCGUUGUUUGCACAGCAAUACCACUGGAGAGAGUUUUCGCCAAAGAAGAGAGCAAUGUCUUCUGUAACAGGCGAAGCUGCUUAGAAACGGAAAAUGUCAAUAUGGUACUAUUUCUAAACAGCAACUGUUCUACAACAAUGUAGCAACCCACUGGGGGGGAAAAACUAGUUGAAUCAACAUUGUCUCCAUGUCAUUUCAAUCUACGUGAUGACGUUGAAUCAAAGCGGAAAACUGAUUGGAUUUGCAAAAAGUAAUAGACGUGACAUUUUAUAUUUUUUUUCACCCAAUCUUUAACCUUAAUCCAAUGGCAUGGUGAAUGUGUUUGUUGAUUUCACUUUAGUUGACAACUCAACCAAAUGUAAAUCAAAACAAGACUUUGAAUUGACGUCUGUGCCCACUUGGAACACACCAAUGACAAAAGUACUCUUUCAAUUAUAAAGCAACCUGAGAUUAUAUAUAUAUAUAUAAAAUACUGUAACAAUAUGUGAUGAUCAUGUGUUUAUAUAAACUACAAAGUAAACAUAACUGUCAAUUACCUAACACAGAAUUAUAUUUAAAACAUUACAACAUAAACAUUAGAACCUGAUCAACCUUUAAUCGAGAGAAGAAAACGAUAACACUGAAAACACAGAUUACGCCUGGCACCUGGUGGAAAAGAUAACACUUUAUGCCACCUGGUGGAAAAGACAACACUUUAUGCCACCUGGUGGAAAAGAUAACACUUUAUGCCACCUGGUGGAAAAGACAACACUUUAUGCCACCUGGUGGAAAAGAUAACACUUUAUGCCACCUGGUGGAAAAGAUAACACUUUAUGCCACCUGGUGGAAAAGAUAACACUUUAUGCCACCUGGUGGAAAAGAUAACACUUUAUGCCACCUGGUGGAAAAGACAACACUUUAUGCCACCUGGUGGAAAAGACAACACUUUAUGCCACCUGGUGGAAAAGACAACACUUUAUGCCCCCUGGUGGAAAAGACAACACUUUAUGCCCCCUGGUGGAAAAGACAACACUUUAUGCCACCUGGUGGAAAAGAUAACACUUUAUGCCACCUGGUGGAAAAGACAACACUUUAUGCCACCUGGUGGAAAAGACAACACUUUAUGCCCCCUGGUGGAAAAGAUAACACUUUAUGCCACCUGGUGGAAAAGACAACACUUUAUGCCCCCUGGUGGAAAAGACAACACUUUAUGCCACCUGGUGGAAAAGAUAACACUUUAUGCCCUCUGGUGGAAAAGACAACACUUUAUGCCACCUGGUGGAAAAGAUAACACUUUAUGCCACCUGGUGGAAAAGACAACACUUUAUGCCCCCUGGUGGAAAAGACAACACUUUAUGCCACCUGGUGGAAAAGACAACACUUUAUGCCCCCUGGUGGAAAAGACAACACUUUAUGCCACCUGGUGGAAAAUAUAACACUUUUUCAUGUGCAACAGGCAAGAUACAUUCUCUUUCAGUAUGAUACUGGAUGAAAACAAAAUGACACACAAGAUAACCAAUUUUGGGGGUUUGGGGGAUAAGAUGAGAGUCACAAGAGGUAGAUGUUUAAUGCAGCUCUUUUCAGUUUUACCUUGAGCUUCCUGCAUUGAAAAUCUGAUUGUUACCUUUGGGUUGAGUAAAUCUUGACUCAAAAUAAUGUCACAUAGUCAUAUUGUAUAGUCAUAUUGUUUGUACCAAGAAUAAAUAUGAAGUGAUGUUUGUUUACAUUUAUCAAAUAUUCUGUCUGCUAAGCUAUAUAAAAACAUGUCCAUUUUUACAUUUUCAUCAAUAA